AAACGACUAACAAUUUUGACCUUUGGAUUCUAUACUUACAAGUAAUCUCAAUCACCGCUUCUUAAACAAAGGAUCAAUUACCCUCAAAGCAUUCGAACAAACCCUUGGUAAAGUAAUGCGGGGCCACCAGACUAUAAAAACCAUAAGAUUUUGGUUUGGGUCAGCCAAGAAAAGGAUUUUUGUGUCGGCUGAAUAAACCAUGGCCCCCAUUCAAGAAACUCUCAAGAAACCCUCCACCGACGCUUAAUCACCUCUCUGUAUAUAUACAUCUUCGUGAUCUUUGAUCCUUUGUAAUUCGUUGAUUCUUGACGACGUUGUGCAAUAUUGUUAGUCAUUCAUACAUAUUCUUUUAACAGAAUGGGGAAUUGCGUUUUCAGAGGAUUUGGAGUAAUGGAAGAAGAAGAAAUGAUAAAAGUCGUUACAACUAACGGCGGCAUAAUGGAGUUAUAUGCACCGAUCACCGCCGAGUCUAUAACGAAUGAGUUUCCAGGACACGCCAUUUACCGUAGCCGCGACGUUUCUCCACCUCUUCUCCAUAACGAAGUGUUGCAAGCUGGCCAUCUCUACUAUCUCCUCCCUAUGAACGCUAGUAAAUUAAACGCCGGUACUGCGACUGCCAUUAAUUCUAUAUCUAAUUGUAGCAGCAUAAAUUCUUCAACUUCAUCCAAAUCCAAACUCGCGCCGUAUCGGAUGUCGUUUGAUAAUCAGAGGUAUAUGAAGCGCUUAACGGAGGCCGAAGUAUUUCCGAGAUAUAAUAGUACCGGAGUUUGGAAAGUGAAGCUUGUGAUAAGUCCGGAGCAGUUGACGGAGAUACUGGCGCAAGAGGCGCGAACAGAAGAAUUGAUAGAGAACGUGAGGACAGUGGCUAAAUGUGGAAACGGGUUAGCUUCUAAUUCGGUGGCUAAUUCGGAUCAGUGGAGUGUGGCCACUAGCCAGUAGCUGGAAAGUAUCCGCUGACAAAUAUGGGUCGGGUCGUAGUUAAUUAGUAUAGUUGUUGACUAUUGCUGUAUCUGAUUUUUAAUUUCUACCCUAAUUUUAUUAGUUUUACGUAUUUGUCUAGCUACUGGAUUUUUUAACUGCCUUAAUUAAUUAUAGUAGUAUAUAUAAUUAAAUGCA